UUUAGCAGAGCAAUCGAACUUUUAGUGUCGCUCGAAGUUACGAUCAGAGUUUCCAUCAUACCUUCAACCGGCAGUGUACAUCGAAUAGUUGCCUUAAAAUAUAAAGACGUUUACGCAACCUAUUAAUGACUGAAUGAAAUUUCAAAAUUCGAACAGCUACAGGGAAAUUCGAUUCGUUUAUAUUUUCGCACAGUGCAUUUCAUAUCAAAAUUUCUCGUACGAUAGUGGAAAGUACCUUCAGCUCAAUUCAAUUCUCUUUCACAGUUAUCUUCGGUGUAAGCAGAAAGUAAUCUGUCAGGGCACAGCGAAGUUGGUCAAUGGAGUUAUAAAAGAAGUCCAUCACCAUUCCGAAUAUUGCGUGCCAGACGAUAAAUUCGAAAUAAUUAGUCGCUUUAAAGAAGAGUUGUCAGAAGCACUGCGAUGAAAUUGGUACAAGCUAAAAAACUUGUACGAUAUGUUAGCAACUGUUCAUCCGGAAGCCGCUCGUUAUUUAUCGUUCCGAAGUGUUCGAUCUUUCAUGCAAAAAUGCAGGAGGCGGCAUUAUCCACCAUGCCCUAGAACCAUCGAAGAAUUCGUGGGCCGACUUUCCGAUCCAGCGUCUGCAAGAUAUCUGGAGUACACAAAUGGGCGAUUAUCAGUGCGACUGAUCACCGACGAAAGUGGUGCGCAACAUGCUCUUUUUUUCGACGAAAACUUCGUUCGUCAGGAAAUGAGCGAUGUUACUAGAUUGCUGAUCGAUGGGACUUUUUGCUCAAGACCCCAAGUCGCAGGAGUGUACCAGCUACUAACCGUCAUGGGAAUCAAACUCAACCAUGGUUUUCCUUUCGUAUGGGUCGUGAUGACGAAAAAAACGCAGGUAGCAUAUGUUGCAUGCCUACGAUAUAUUAAAGAACAUGUCCUGCCUGCGAACAAUAUUGUGCUUGCGAUGAGUGAUUUCGAGCGUGGAUUGCGCAAUGCGAUCACGGAAAUUUUUCCAGGAGUGCAUAGCAUGGGUUGCAACACGCACCAUGAUCGCGCACUGUAUGGGAAAGCUAAAGCCCUCGGGCUUCAGAAUUUUCUACGAACGAAUGAAGAGGCUAAAAUGUACUUCAAAAAAGUUCUGGCAUUAGCAUACUUGCCAGCUCACCUCAUCGGGACCAAAUUUCGAGACCUGAAGAAUAGGUUAUCGGAUGCAGUGAAAAGACGGUUGCGAUCAUUUAACGAUUACUACGCGCGAUACUGGCUGGGAAUCGUUAAACCGGAAGGUUUCAGUGUGUAUGCACUUGCCUGUCGCACUAACAAUAUAGUUGAAUCCUACCAUAGUAGGUUGCAGCACAGGAUGGAAAGUCGCCCUGGCGCAUGGGAUUUCGUUUGCAAACUGCUUAAAUUGCAAGCAGACGUUCGAACCGACGUUGAACGGCUAAAAAACAAUGUUCAAAUCGGUCGCCAUGCACGAUACUCAUCCGUAUUUAAGCAAAGACAACUGAUCAGAGCAUGGCAUGAACUCCGCAUGCAGCAGAUCACGGACGAUGAGUUCCUGAAGAAAGCAGCUGCCUUGAAAGGCAAUGUUGACGCGCUCAUCGCUCAUCAUAGAGAUGAUCAAGUCCAUGAUGAAGCUCUUGAUGAGCAUGAGCUGCAGGAAGCUUCACAAGCCAGACCAUUAGGACUUAAUGUAGAUCCUGAUUUCGACGAUGAAUUUUUUUCCGGAGAACCACCUCAUUGGCUUCGUGAUAAUGCAGCAGCAUUUCCCGAAAAUGAUGAUGAACCCAUAAACGACAAUUCGAGUGACGAAUCGAUGGUGGUUGAGACAUUCAACCAAAGAGAAGGAUACCUGCCAAUUGAGAUAAUCGAAGAGUCACAUCAAUCUUCGUCCUUGGAUGAUGCUGGAAAUUUGUCCGCAGAAGAUAAUGCAGAAAGAGAGAAUGUCGAUGAUUUCGAGGAAGACGCGCAGCAAUCUUCACGAGCCAACGAUAUCGAAAACGACCGGGUAAUUGUGAUUGACGAUGAAGAGGUUCAGCAAUCUUCGUCUAAUCAUGCUAGUAAUGUUACUGCAGCAGGAAAUCCGGAAAGGGAGAGCAUCAAUGAUUUCGAGGAAGACCGACAGCCAUCCUCACAACCCAACGAUGUCGGUCUGAUCCGGCAGCGAAGAAGAGAGGAGACGUUGACCAGCUCUGCUUCAACUUCUUCAACGGAACCACAUCCGAGGAAUCGAAGAAAGAAUAAGCGACGAAAAGAGAUGAGAAUAAAAGCUGCGGCGCGGAAGCGAGUUGCAGUAGCGAACGAAAUCACACGUCUUCGGGAGGAGUUGACAGCAACCGAAAACAGCCGACGAGAGAGGGAAGAUAAUGACUCCUGUAAGGUGUGUUUAUUGGAAAAGGCAACCCAUGCGUAUUGGCCGUGUGGACACGCUUGUUGCUGCCAAAACUGCAUGAAUCAGCUCUGGUAUGAGCAAGCAGUACGGAAGUGUCCUAUAUGCAGGAUAUUAGGAACACAGCCCCCUCGGAGGAUUUUUCUACCGGGAGACUGCUAAAGUCAUAUCAAGACAAAAGCUAUCGAGAGGACAUAUAUGUAUAAGUUUAUAAACGUUCA